AUGCCUCCAAGUACAUUCUUGAUCGAAAAAAGCUCACAGGACUACAUUUGCAGAUCCUGUCUCUUGGGCCUCCGGAAACCACCCCCAGCAACGCCGGCGCAAUGGGGCGUUCGACGAGCAUCGCAAGCAGCUGCCAAAGCGGCGAGAGCUGCCAGAGCUGCCAGAACCUCAACAACACCCAGAAAGCCUCAAUCAGGUGACGAUUCCGAACGACUUCAAACGUUAAAGAAACUCGGACUUCUACAGAAAGACGAGGAACACAAGGCUACGGUCAAUUAUUUCCAGGAAGAUGGAGGCAAGAUCCGGAGGCUCUCUGGCGUUGACGAGUUCAGCAAAGCCCUCACUGACCCCGGUGGCGAGAUGGAAGCCGAACUCAAAUCCAUGGAAAAGGAUACGGGCUACGUCAGGUCCUUCAUGGACAUGCUGUUCAGAGCACAAGUCGACGAACCGAAACGCAACCCCGAUGUCUUAAAGGACGAAUUGGAAAAGGCGCUGAAAGUGAAUAAGCCGCUUGACUCAAAUGCCCUCGAGGCACUGGACGACUUGUCAAAGGAUCUAUACGACGAAUCAGAUGGACCCAUAUACAUUGAUACUUCCAUCUUGGUUGCUAAUUGGCCGAGGACGCAUCUGGAAAAGAUCGUACGCCUGAACAACAAUUUGCAGCUCGCUUCAAGACAACUCGACCGUGGUGCAAUCAAUAAACAGGGCUUUGGCGUCUGGAAAUGGUACUACGGAGCGCGCCAACUUCUGGCAACGGAUUGGAAGAUUGUGCCUCCAGCAACAUGGGAACUCCUCUGGGAUAUAUUCUCCGUAGAAUCUUCAAAGAACCCGAACCGAUGGCACCAUCUUCACAUCCUUGCGAAAGACAUGAACGAAGCUGGAGUUGAACUUGCUCCCAAACGGCAGCUGCUGGCGAUUGAGGCCACCUUCCUCGAGGGCUGGCACAAGGAGGCUGUCGACAACCACAAGAGAAAAGUCACAACGCUCGGGGCAGAUCCAAAGACAUUUCUCGAAUUUUGGCAGCUUGGAUUCCGGAUGUACUGCCAGAUUGGCGACUUGGAAAGAGCCGAGAGGACCGCCGAGAUCAUCUUGACUUCGAAAUAUCCCCACGACGCGCGCUUUCUUUUUCCUUUGAUCCGCGCAUUUGCGGAGAAGACGGAAACCGCGGACAAGGCAUAUAAUGUCUAUGAGGAGAUACGCACGAGGUUGGGUGAGCAAAUGACUAUUGAAGAUUAUGAUGUCAUCAUUUCGUAUUUCCUCGCAGCACAACAGUCGGAAAUUGCUUUCUCGAUUUUUGUCGAGAUGAUGACUUCUGGUCGUCUCAACUUGCGGAAAUCGAAGAGAUCGGACAAACUUCCACCCAGUGUGGCCAACGAGUUUUUCGUUGGCAAGUGGCUGAAACGACUUACCUUGAUCGGCGACUUCGAGGGAGCGCACAAGGCUUUGCUUCACAUGAAAAGCAAAGGCGUCAUGCCUAGACCAAUGGUUGUCAACGUUCUUGUCGGUUCUUGGUUGCGAACAGGAGUGGCGGAAAAUGUGCAGAAGGCAGAAGAUCUUGCCUGGGCCAUGAUCAACUCGAGACUGCAAUUUGUGCAGCUCAGACAAGAGACACGCGGCAUCGAGGGUGUAGUUCCGUAUAAGCCUGGCUUGAAAAUUGUAUAUUCGAUGACAGGACCAGGAUGGCCAAAAGCGACACUCGAAACGUUCUCGCUGCUUGCAGAAAACUACAAGGAUCGGGGGCUCAUCGCCAAAAUGGAAGAGCUCUGGGAGGCGUUCAAACGAGCAGAAAUGGGAGCUGAUACAUUUUUCAUGAAUCAGUUACUUUUCUCCAUGGUCCGGAGUGGACGCGGUGGCGAGGUUAUAAACCUCUUCCGUGCCAUGAUGGAGAGAUUCUCUGCCAGUGAAUCUACUCCCCGUGGUCUAGAACCCGACUCGUGGACGUUCUUGGCACUUUGGCAAUCGUUGACGGCCAACCGACUCCAACACUGGGGUCCAGAGUCUGUCCCCAAGAUCAUCACAGAAAGUCGUGUGUUAUUCGCAGAAAUGGUUCGUUAUGCGCAUAACUUCCAACAAGAGGAUGUCGGCGUGAACUUUCAGCUUGCAAGGACCAUCAUGCACACAUUUCGUCGCGCCAAGGAUCCAGUGAGCAUGCUGGUUGCUUACCGUGCACUUCGCCAAGUUUUUAAUUUACAGGACCCGGGAUCAAUGGUUCUUGAGAUGAUUGUGGGAACCACAAAUCUGGAAAAGGCUGCAGGCGACAGCAAGAUGCGAAGCCAGAUCAUCACGGCCACCAAACACACCGAAAAGUACCUGUCGCAAAGACAGCAGGAAAUGGUGGCGAGCGGAGAACUGAGAAAGAAUGAGGAGAUGCCCAACAAUGUCAGAUCAGCAGAGAUGGGCGACUAUCUUGAGCUGCAUUUGGAAGCUGAGCUGUCCAAGAUCAAGGGCGCCGAAGAACUCUUUGUUCAGGCGGCCUCUGACAUGGGAGUGUAUAAUAAUGAGGACGAUUAG